UGGGGUAGAGGGAGCCCUCCGUUUGGGGUAUGUCGGGGUAGAGGGAGCCCUCCGUUUGGGGUAUAUCGGUGUAGAGGGAGCCCUCCAUUUGGGGUGUAUCGGGGUAGAGGGAGCCCUCCGUUUGGGGUGUAUCGGGGUAGAGGGAGCCCUCCGUUCGGCCCCCUCCCGCCCACCCCUGUGUUUGGUGCCUUGCAGCUGGAGGAGAUGCAGUGGGGCGGAGGGGGUAGAGGGAUCCCGACGUCGGUGUGCAGUUUGCCGUGCCAGGCUGGUGAGAGGAAGAAGAUGGUGAAGGGGGUGCCGUGCUGCUGGCACUGUGAGCUCUGUGACGGUUACCGCUACCAGAUCAGCGAGUCCGAGUGCGCCUCGUGCCCCCUGGACAUGAGGCCUGGACGCAACCGCACCGGCUGCGUCCCCACCCCCGUGGCCAAGCUGGAGUGGCACUCCGCCUGGGCGGCGGUGCCCGUGGCUCUGGCCGGGGUGGGCGUCCUGUCAACCGGCGCCACCGCCCUGGUGUUUGCCCGCCACCAGCACACCCCCAUCGUCCGCGCCUCCGGCCGGGAGCUGAGCGGCGUGCUGCUCUGCGGGAUCUUCCUGAGCCACGCCACCGCCUUCCUGAUGGUGGCGGAGCCGGGCGCCGCCGUCUGCGCCCUGCGGCGCCUCCUGCUGGGCCUGGGCACUGCCAUCACCUACUCGGCGCUGCUGACCAAGACCAACCGCAUCUACCGCAUCUUCGAGCGGGGCAAGCGCUCGGUGACGCCGCCCCGGUUCAUCAGCCCGGCCUCCCAGUUGGUCAUCACCGCGGCGCUGGUCUCCGUGCAGCUCCUGGGGGUCUCGGUCUGGCUGGGGGUUCGGCCACCGCACGCCACCGUGGAUUACGAGGAGCAGCGCCCACCAGAGCCGGAGCUGGCCCGAGGGCUCCUCAAGUGCGAUAUGUCGGAGCUCUCCAUCCUCGGUUGCCUCGGCUACAGCCUGCUCCUGAUGGUCACCUGCACCGUCUACGCCAUCAAGAGCCGCGGCGUCCCCGAGACCUUCAACGAGGCCAAGCCCAUCGGCUUCACCAUGUACACCACCUGCAUCAUCUGGCUCGCCUUCGUCCCCAUCUUCUUUGGCACAGCCGGCUCCGCGGAGAAGGUAACGCGCCAGGCAACGGGAGACGGGGCACGGUCUCGCUGCGCAAUCCCUUCACCGUCCACCGGCUCACCGUCCACCGGCUCACCGUACACACCCCUCACC